AUGCAGGUUGACACAGCAGUGGUGCGAGGGACCACGGUGCCCUUGGUGCCGGCCGCAUGGCCAGGCAACACGAAGCAGGUGGCCUUCCUCUUCUUGACGGAGGAUGGCCUGGACUUCGAGGAGCUUUGGGACAAGUUUUUUGGCGAAGCCAGCGCGUCAGGCGCUUAUUCCAUCUAUGUGCACCGUGCGCACAGUCGGCAGAAGAGCAGCUUCCGCUUCGCCGAGCGCUUCUCAGGGUAUGGCUGGGCACCUUGGUCGUCGGCCACCCUUCCACUGAGCCGCUGGGGUGCUGUGGAGCUUCCACAGGUCGAGACCCGCUGGUGCGCGCUCUUCGGUGCGGAGGUGUCGUUGCUGGCGCGAGCCCUGCAGGAUCCCCACAACCAGCACCUUGGCCCCACGCGGGCGGCAAUUCGUCUUUGUGUCGCACAACUCAAUACCUUUGAAGAGUUCCUUGGCGUGCAUGGCUUGAUGGGUUUCGACUAUGUGUACCAGCAACUGAUCAAGGUGUCGCCUUCCACCAGCAAGUUCUGCUUUGCGGAGCCAGCCAUUGCCAAGCAAGCCACCCAGGAGACCAUCCGGAACGAGUUCUUGAGGAGUUGCGUGUUUCGGGACUUCUGGAGAGCUUACAACCCGCGGACGUUGAAGCACCACCAGUGGGUGGUGCUCGCCCGGCACCAUGCGGAGAUCGUGGUGCGCCGCGCGGAGAAGGCGUUGGAGAUCUGGCAUAAGAGCUGGUUGAAGGCGGCGCCCGAUUUGCUGCACAUGGCCGAGGGCUGCAGCGACGAGUCGGCUCCCGUCGACGCCUUGCUCUAUGACUUGGAGCACAAGGGCAGGAGCACUGGAAAUACCUGGGCGGAUCUGACGCGGAUGGGCGUCGAGCAGCAGUGCUUGACCUAUGUCCACUGGCGGCAUUGCUUCACCGACACGCGUCUGGAGUACUCCGAGAACAUCGCCAAGGACUUGGAUGCAGUCCUAAAGCACGGCCAGCUGCGAAUGCUCACGGAUCGGGAGUUCAACUUCUUCAAGUCGGCUCUGAAGCGGGAACUCAAUGGCUAUCCAACCUUCUUUCAGUCCAUCACCAUUGAGUAUCUCUACAAGUUAGUCCAGGAGGGCUUCAUGUUUGCGCGGAAGUUCACCAAGGGCAUGCAAGUGAAAGUCGGAGACGGCGAGUUUCCUCUGGACGUGGUGCCACGGAAGCAGCUAGUGUUGCCGGAGCUUUGGGACCUGGUGGAUGAUCAGAAUGCCUCGCAGCGGGUCUGGACGCGUUUGUCCACUGAGGGGAAGCCGCGGGCCAUCUGA